ACGUUUCCCGCGGCCGGCACUGAUAGUAGAGAGUGUUUUCUGGCCGUACAUGACUGAGACGCCGAUGGAGUGCCGUUUAGCGAGCACUCAUAGUGACGUCAUGGCUGUUCAAGGCGGAGACAUGCUUGGGUUUUCGAAUGGCUAUCUUCAGCCCCAUACAGAUUUCUCUUACUACGUUAGCCCACCGGGGGUCGCCCUUUUCCACUGCAUCAAGAACACAUCGACGGUCGGCGGUGAAAGCCUGCUCAUUGACGGGUUCAAAGCUGCCAUGGAGUUGAAAACCGAUCACCACGACGACUUCAUAAUGCUGACCAAACACGAGGUCGAACACGUGGCCAUCGCAGCGAACAAGAAAAUCACCCAGCAGGGAUUCUAUCACCAUGCCAGGCAUCCUCUGAUCAAGUUAGAUUCCUUGGGUCAGCUGAAACAAAUCACAUUCAACGAGAUAUACCACGCCUCUCUAUUCCGUGUUCCAGUUGAUGACGUCAUACCUAUGUUUUCUGCCAUCAAGAAAUUCAACAAGAUACUACUCCGGGAUGAUAAUGUAUUCAAACAUAAAUUGGAAGAAGGGGACAUACUUACCUUCAACAAUCACCGCAUGCUCCACGGUCGUAGCGCUUUCACGUUGGACACGGGCAGGGUGGAACGCCACCUACAAACGUGCUUUGUGGAGUGGGACUGCGUUCUCUCAAAGUUGCGUGUUCUCAAAAAAUCUGUAUAAAUCACCCGGAUGGGAGGGCCGUUUCAUGAAGUUGUUCGUAAAUUAAGAGUGACUUUAAGAACGGCUGGUGAUCCUUUCUUGUGGUAAAUGAUAUUCACCAUUGAAUGUUCAUUGGUGAUUAUUUAACGCGUAAGAAAGGAUCACCAGUCGUACUUAUAAAGUCGCUCUUAACUUACGAACGGCUUUAUGAAACACCCACCCGAAGGGUGUUUCAUAAAGUUGUUUGUGAAGUUAACUCAUGAUUUUACGCACGACUGGAACAUGUUCUUAGAUGGUAAGUCAACUACACAGGGAUAUAUCACAUAGCACAAGAAAGGAUCACCAAUCGUGCGUAAAGUCAUUCGUCAUUCGUCAUUCAUGAACAGCUUCCUGAAUCACCUACCAGGACGUACAUUUUAGGCCCAUCCAGCUUCGCGAAUAUUUUUUAAUUAACAUUAUUUUUUUAUCAAUCUCUAGUAAUUUUUCUUUUUAAUUUCGUUUUUUAUAUUUGUUGUCGUUAUUUAUUGUUAUUAUUGUGUUGUUAUUGUUGUUAUUAUUAUUAUGAUUAUUAUUAUUGCUAUCAUUAUUAUUAUUAGUAGAAGUAGUAAGUAGUAGUAGUAAUAGUAGUAAUAGUUGUUGUAGUAAGUAGUUGUUGUAGUAGUAGUAGUAGCAGAAGUACUUAGAUUUGCCAACAUUCUUCUAAGCGAUGCCCGGCAAAAUAUUUUUCCUGGAAUUGAAAUACAACACCACACACACACACACACGCAAACAUACGCACACUGGCCCACAAACACUGAGAUUGAAUUGUAAAAUAUCCAAGCAAAGUUGCACGGGACUUUAUUACUCUUAUGGAAGGUGAUAAUUAAAUUUGAAAACAAGAAUGAAACUUCUCCCUAUUCUGAAGUACUCUCAUAAUAGAAUGAAAUAUAUAUUGCGGAUGUUUCACAUUCACUCUCGGUAAAUUCUUAAGUGAGGAAAGUAUUUUAGGAUGACAUAAUGCACCAAUGUAUCUUGAAGAUGUUUUGUUUAGAGUAUGACAUCAGUUGUGUACAGGUGGGCGGCUUGGGGGCUCUUGCCUCCCCCCCCAAAAAAAAAGAGAAAGGGAAAGAAAAUAGGGUGAAAUAUAUUUUCUGAAUAUUAUGUCAUAAUCUAUCACAAAUUUGAUUUUUUUUGUAAUAAAAAUGUCGAAAUUUCGCGCGCUCGCAUUUUUCCCCGAUACGCCAUAUCAUGGUCCCCUCAAAGAUUUUGGCUCAUUGCGCGCGCCACUAAGUGACGUGUAAGAAUGGUCGGAUCUUUUUAACGGUAGAUAUAUUGUAUAUGACGUGUCAGUCAAUGCCAUCGUAGUCAUGGUGAACUACCAAAGUCAUGGAUAUGGAUAGCUUAAACGUUUUUUUUUUUUCAAUUUCAUUAAUCUGAUUUUACUUUUGUUAUAAAAUGGUAUGGAUCCAAAUAAAAUGGCUGAAAUAUGAUAUGCGAGAGCAGACAUGUAUUUUAUCUAAACAGGAAAAUAUCCUAAUAACUGGUACAUAUGACUAUAAUUCUAUUGACUGGUCGUUGUUCUGAGAUUAGUAGGAUGGGUUAUAAAACAACGAUCCCACAUCACUAUCUAAUCUGGGACAUUGGAAUAUUAUACUAGCUCAAACCAGACGAGAAAGCGUCAUAAAUGAUAUUGUUUCCUAUUCGUAUUAAAGAUAACAAGUUUUUACUUUUUUCGUCAUGAAUUUUGUGACUUUAAGGAAUAAGACAUUAACUUUUUGUUCAAUCUCUAAUGGAUUUAUUUAUAUGGUUUACGUAAUCAGAAAUGUUGUAAUGUUAAUAAUGUACAUAGUUAGUCCGAAGUGAUACUAAAAUGAGGCACCGCGCAUAGUGUUUUCUUUCUAUCUCUCCCUCUCUGUUGUCACCGUCACCACUCUCCCAAUCUUUCCCUCCAUCUCUCUCUUAUUCUAUCUCUCUUUCUUUCUCUCCCUCUCUCUCUUCCUCCCACACUCUCUAUCUCCAGCUCACUCUAUAUCUACCUAUCUCUCUGCUAUUAUUUCAAAGUUCCGCUCGAGUUGCCAUUUCUUCGUCUGAGUAAUAGAUAUAUUGUUUCUUCCGUUAGAUUUCACCCGAAAUUUUCGACAUUAAAAUUAGGAAAAUUCAAACUGGAUUGUUUGAACUUGAACAACGAACCAUGUCCAUUAACUUUAUUCAAUGUUACACAUCAGUUAUUAUCCAGAUACAAAAAAACACAUUUUCCCCUUCACGUGAUAAUAUAUAUAUAUAUCUCUCCCAAAUUCAUAUCAUUUUCAAGUAUAGAGUAUAGCCAGAAAAAAAUUGUUCUUCUCGUUUUGUUCAAUUUCGGAAAUAAGGAAGUGAUACACAAAAUUAGAAGGGAUCUAUCGAAUUAAAGUAUAAUAGUAGUAGUCGCGAUAAUAGUACUAUAGUUAAUUCCUCUCAUUCUAUUGUCUAUUCACUUCAUAGUUGUGAUAAAUAAUGUAUAUUCAAUAAAAGUGCUUUGUAAUGAUA